CGUGGAAAAGACAUUGUGAGGAAGAUGAGAAUUUUUUUGAAGUAUACACAAAAUUCUAGCAAAUAGUAUUCAUUUUCAGUUAACACUACCGUUCUAAUGAGUGAAGUAAGGGAAGUUGUGGGCCUAGUUUCUUGAUUGCAUGAGGAAAUGCUAUUAUUAGAUUCUUGAUCAAUUGUAAAAAAUAAAGUAAGGAAUAGGAAAGUGGAACUGAAAGAGGGUAAUGAAUCUUCCAGUGUCAGGGAAAUUGGGGGAUUAAAAAAUACCAUCUUUCCAAGAAGUUACAAUGAAGCUAUUAUGUUGAUUAGGAAGUCUUUGGAGGAUUGUCCUCUGGAUGAAGAUGAAGAUGCUUUUCAAGGCCUGGGAGAAGAAGAUGAAGAGAUUGAUCAGUUCAACGAUGAUACAUUUGGGUCAGGUGCAGUUGAUGAUGAUUGGCAGGAAGCACAUGAGCGUCUGGCUGAGUUGGAGGAGAAGCUACCAGUGACGGUUAGUGAACAAACAGGCAAUGGAGAAAGAGAUGAAAUGGACUUGUUGGGUGACCACGAGGAGAACCUGGCAGAAAGGCUCAGUAAGAUGGUGAUUGAAAAUGAACUGGAAGAUCCAGCCAUCAUGACAGCUGUGCAGACCAGGCCAGUUUUACAACCCCAACCUGGCAGUCUCAAUUCUAGCAUCUGGGAUGGAUCUGAAGUUCUGAGGCGAAUCCGAGGACCACUGCUUACUCAGGAAAUGCCUACAGUGUCUGUUUUAGAAUAUGCCUUGCCUCAGAGGCCCCCCCAGGGCCCAGAAGAUGAGCGGGACCUUUCUGAACGUGCACUACCAAGGCGCUCAACCUCACCUAUCAUUGGGAGUCCUCCAGUUAGAGCUGUCCCCAUAGGCACUCCGCCUAAGCAGAUGGCUAUGCCCAGCUUCAACCAACAGAUUCUCUGUCCGAAGCCUGUGCAUGUUCGGCCCCCAAUGCCGCCGCGUUACCCUGCUCCCUAUGGUGAGAGGAUGUCUCCAAACCAGCUCUGCAGUGUCCCGAACUCUUCCCUACUGGGUCAUCCGUUCCCACCCAGUGUCCCGCCUGUCCUCAGUCCCCUCCAGAGAGCACAGCUUCUUGGAGGAGCACAGCUACAGCCUGGACGCAUGUCUCCCAGCCAGUUUGCGCGGGUCCCUGGAUUUGUUGGUAGCCCACUUGCUGCCAUGAAUUCCAAGUUGCUGCAAGGGCGCGUUGGGCAGAUGCUUCCCCCAGCACCAGGCUUCCGUGCCUUCUUUGGUGCUCCGCCCCCCGCUCCACCACCUCCACAGCAGCACCCCCCUGGCCCAGGACCUCACUUGCAAAACCUAAGAUCUCAGGCUCCCAUGUUUAGACCAGACACCACUCACCUACACCCACAGCAUCGUCGACUCUUACAUCAAAGGCAGCAACAAAACAGAAAUCAGCAUCGGAAUCUCAAUGGUGCUGGAGACAGAGGCAGUCACCGAAGCAGUCAUCUGGAUCACCUCCGAAAGGAUCCCUAUGCCAAUCUCAUGUUACAGCGGGAAAAGGAUUGGGUCUCUAAAAUCCAGAUGAUGCAGCUACAAAGCACUGAUCCCUACUUGGAUGAUUUUUAUUACCAGAAUUACUUUGAAAAACUGGAGAAAUUGUCAGCUGCUGAAGAAGUACAAGGUGAUGGCCCUAAAAAGGAACGCACCAAGCUCAUUACACCUCAGGUGGCCAAACUAGAGCAUACCUAUAAGCCAGUGCAGUUUGAGGGCUCCUUGGGAAAACUUACUGUCUCUAGUGUGAAUAAUCCCCGAAAAAUGAUUGAUGCUGUUGUGACAUCUCGAAGUGAAGAUGAUGAGACAAAAGAAAAACAGGUUCGCGACAAGAGACGAAAAACCCUUGUCAUCAUUGAAAAAACCUAUAGUUUACUCCUUGACGUGGAGGAUUAUGAAAGGCGUUAUGUCCUAAGUCUAGAAGAAGAGCGACCUGCCUUGAUGGAUGAAAGAAAGCACAAAAUCUGUAGCAUGUAUGACAACUUAAGGGGAAAAUUGCCUGGACAAGAGAGGCCAAGCGAUGACCACUUUGUGCAGAUCAUGUGUAUCCGGAAGGGGAAGAGAAUGGUGGCCCGUAUUCUCCCCUUCCUCUCCACAGAGCAAGCAGCAGAUGUUCUCAUGACAACAGCCAGGAACCUCCCUUUCCUUAUCAAGAAGGAUGCACAAGAUGAGGUGCUGCCAUGCUUACUGAGCCCCUUCUCUCUCCUCCUCUAUCAUCUUCCAUCAGUGACUGUCACCAGCCUUCUGCAACAGCUAAUGAACCUACCUCAGAGUGCAGCUGCACCAGCACCCUCCAAUCCUCACCUCACUGCUGUGCUCCAGAACAAGUUCGGCCUGUCGCUGCUCCUCGUCGUCCUGAGCCGUGGGGAAGACCUGCAGAGUUCAGAUCCCGCUGCAGAAUCCACACAGGACAACCAGUGGACGGAGGUGAUGUUCAUGGCAACCCGAGAACUUCUGCGGAUUCCCCAAGCAGCCCUGGCCAAGCCAGUCUCCAUCCCCACAAACCUAGUGUCUCUCUUUUCUCGCUAUGUUGACCGGCAGAAGCUGAACUUGCUGGAGACAAAACUGCAGCUAGUUCAGGGGAUACGGUAAACAGUCUCCAGACGUGUCCUGUACCUCCUUUUGGCUGUCACCUGCACUGCUGCCAUCACCAAUGGAGUGUUUGUAGUGAGGGAGGGAAGGUAGCGUAUUCCCCAAAGCAUCUUGUGGGACCGAUCCUGUUCACAGGGGCUGUCUCUAAAUGCCAGGUAUUCCCCUACUGCUCUGUGAAAUCUGGCUGGGUGAUACUUGUGCUGGUUUCUUCUUACCUUCUGUGUUACAAUUCUGCAUGCCCUACUUUUACUCAGUUCUCCUCAAUUUUGCAUUUUCUUUGCCCUAGAGACAUAUAAUCUCUCCCUGUAUCCUCCCACUGCUACUCCAGUUCAGAGUAGAUUGUAGCCUGCCAGAGGAGUCCUCCCCUCAUUCCACUGAAGUCUUAUUGCCCCAUAUUAACAUGAUUAUAGGAGAGGCAAUUAAGUAGGAACCAACAUAUAUAUGCACAGGACACCGCCAUACACAAAUUUAUGUGGUCUCCCGUAGGACCUUAAGGAACAAAUUUUAGAUUGAAAAAUACUUAGUUGACACAUCCCCCCUCUAGACACAAACCAAUCUAAUAUUUUUAAUCUGUUUCUAGUCCAUCUUGUAAUUAAUUUGGUGGGCUCUACUUGUUUUAAAAUAAAUACAGGGUAUGCAGCAUUUUUUAAUAAAAUCAGAGCUCUUAAUUGGCUGAUGCCCAGCACUAGGCUGAGAAGGCCUUUACUUCCCCACUUACAUUUCCUUCGUUCCGUGCCCCCAGUGGAGACAGCACAUGGUCACGGCGCACCAGUCUGCCCCUCGAGUGCAUGCCAGAUUGCCCAAGGCGAUCCUGACUUACGGCCUGCUUCCACAGUGUAGCGUUCCCACACUCACUGUCUUCCUGAACUACUUCAGCAAGCCAUGCUUUCACUUACCUUUUCCCUGAUUUUAUUUGGUGUCAUGGGUGUUAGAAACCCCCACUUAGAACCACGGGCGCUCAGUGUGGUGUGCUUUGUUCUUCAGUCUCCUCCACACCGUGGACAGAGCUGCUGUCCUUGCUACUUCGUCUCUCCCCAGUCCCAUUCCCAGGCAGCCAGGGGCCUGGGUUUGAAUCCCAGCAGGGGCAGCCCGCCCUGACCCUUCUCCCUUAGCUCUCUUUCAUUUAGCAAUCAACCAAGAUCGGGGUUUUGAUCCCUAGCGAUUAUAACCCUCAAGCCAAUUAAAUCUGAAUUAAUUUUACUUGACUGUCCUGAUAGACUUUUUGCUGUUCCCACUUUUUCAAAUGUAGUCGGGGGACAAGUCAUGAUACUUAAAGAGAAUAAACAUUUUGCACAUACCCAUGUCGUACAACAGUAAAUCCUCCGUUAUCACCAGCUAUCCCAGUUCUUCAUUUCUUCCCUUUCUGUAACCCCAGGCUCCACAGCUGUUCCCCAGUGGCAUCACCCCACUUCCCUCUGUCGCUACCUGACUCCCCUCCCCACCAUGCGCCUCCCCGCCUUCCCGUCACAACUGAUCAAGUGAAUACUUGAUUAUUAUUUCCUCCUUUCUGUGCUUUAUCUUUUUUGUUUGGUUCUAAUUAAUAAAAAUUAAAGUUUCUAAAUUUACAUUUUUAUAGGGUAUUGUAAAUAAAAACAAAUUGUAUACUU